AAGACCACCUGACGGUAAGAACAGACUAAAUGGAAGCAGUGGAGAAAACUCUCACUUACCGAAAUGACACUGGACUUUACAGAAAGCUGCUCCCAGAGGACAAAGACAACACGGACAAGGGACGCGCCGAAACAAAAGGCGACGAAUCCAAUUAUGUUGACCUGGAUAACUUACUCGAUGUGAAAUCAGAAGGCGCAAAAACUGUUAAAGUAACUUUUACCGGCGAGGGAAAUCAGCUCGCAGUCAUCAAAUGCGACACACUGAGACAAGGAGAAGUGGAAGAAUGCAGUAAGAGCCAUGACAGUGAGGAUAAAAUCAUUUCAGAUGAGUUUGUUGAGGAGCACUCAAAGGCGAAGUGGACCGGCUGCGCGCCUGGUUCGGGUGAGCUUCCCUUGGAAAUGCUGGUACUGACUAAAGUUGCCAACACCAAUGUGGACUCGGAAAAUGGGAAACAGCUCCAAACCGAGCUCGACCCAAGUGAUUGCAAUGACCAUGUGUGCAGUGAGAGUGAUGAGUUACAAUACACUGACAUGUAUUUGAACAGCAGAACAGAGUCGGAUGACGGUGCCAGCGCGGUGCUGUCGGACCACUGCGAGUCCGACACGGUGGAGGACGAAUCCCACUAUAUUACCACCCACGAAAUCCAGCUGACAGAGCUCGACCACGACGUAGAUUAUGACCUGGGACGGGGGACCUGUUGGGAUUUCGAAGACGACAACCUUGUUUACUCGUUCGUGGAUUACGCCUCUUUCGAGAGCGAUGAAACGCAGGAGGGGACUUUGAUACUGGAAGGCAGGAGCCAGGCAAAACUGAAAAGCAGCAAGACGCAAUCUAAUAUCGGCGGAGCGGUUGUCAGCACCGAGCAGGACGAGAGUGAUCUUUGUGACUCGGAUAAAUGCCCAAGCUCAGAUGAAAGCAUAUGCAAAAACCAGUGCAGCGACAAUGGUGGGAAUCCUGCGGGGCAAAUUCACUUAUCAAUAAAAACCUCCUCCAGGGCAGUAAACGAGCCUGAAAAUAUCCUUGACAAUGACAUCUGUGGCCACAGAAAACACGUGGGAGACAGGGGCCACUUCUUUUUUGCGAGCACUGACGCCAGAGCGGAUACCAUGUGCGAUACAGCCCAGUAUUUUAUCCCUGCCCCGGGACGUCAGCACCUUGCAACCAAGCUAAGAGGGAAAGAUAUUAAUGAGUAUUCCAGCGGAGCGUCCAGUUCGAUAAGUGAACUGGAUGACGCCGAUAAAGAGGUGCGUAAUUUAACCGCGAAGUCUUUCCGGAGCUUGGCAUGCCCCUACUUUGAUGCCAUUAAUCUUCGCACCUCCAGUGAGUCGUCGGUGUCAGAAUAUGGGCUCGGGUUAAACAAGUGGUCCGCGUACGUGGACUUAAAUUAUGGAAACAUAUCACGGGGCAGAAAACAGAGCGUAAUUGCGCAUAAGAGCUCCAGCGCAACAUUGGCAAUGAGUAAGGCUGCAAACAGUAAGAGCAGACAAGGCAAGUCCAUUAACAACAUCAGAGCUCCCCAAACCAAAACGUUUGAACUGAACAAGAAAAUGGCAAGUUCUCGGCAAGCAUCCUCUUCCACCAAGAUUGAACUGAGAGGCCCGUUUCAGCCAAAGCCAGGUGAAGUUAUAACUAUGACAGAAACACUGAAUUUCCGCUGCAAUGUUGAUACAGGGGUACCUGAGGGUGUAAGGCAUCCAAAAUGCUCCAAGAAUGUACAGUCCAAGGCUGAAGUCACUGGGACUGUGCUGGCCAAAUCGGGGUGUGAGCUGCCAUAUCAGCACAAUGAUGAUAGUAUGGGGGAUACACACAAGAGGGCAAUUUUUGCAUCAAGUCUGUUGAAAAAUGUCAUUUCCAAAAAGAUGCAAUUUGAACAGGAGCGGAAAAUGGAGAGGGGUGAAAUUAGCGACACAUAUCCCACCCACUCCCCAUGCUUUCAAUGCAAAGAUCAAGAUGUGAUGAAAGAAAAGGGUGCGUCGAGAGGUGUGCACAGGCAGACAUCAGAAACAGGUUCAGGGUUCACUGUUAAUUCAGUGGAUGAUCAAACUCUUGAGCGCAGUAGACCCAGUUCUUGUGAGCCUACAGAGGAACAGAAAAACAACAGUGCAUCAGCUGACUCAAAUACAUUAGAGAAGGGACACAAUGAGAAGAAGGACUCAGGUGAGCCUGCAAAAGGACACCUUAACCGCAGCCAAAAUAGUGCAUUUACAUCAUGGAGAGAAGGUGAGCCAGAGCCUGAAAAGGAGCCUGAAGUCCCCACAGCUGUAGGUGACACAAAAGAAACUACAGCAAAAGAAGAAUUAGAUGCCAGCGGCAUGUUGACCAAAUUGUCUCAGCUUUUUGUUCCAAGCUCCCAGCUCCUUACAAAAGAGAAGGAUAUUGCAGAAGACUUGUUGAGCCAUGCACCUGUCGCAGGCACACCCACCGGUCCACAGAAGUGUGAAAAAGAGUACAACACAAGCAAUAAUGGAAACAUGAUAGGAAAAGAGGGAAACGAGAAGGCAGGGAAACCACCUGAGAUAAAGAUAUGCCUGAGAAGCUCUGGCUCCAAGACCGCAAUGGCUCCGCUGUCACUAAAAAUUGCACCCCCAAAACGUGGGCAAGCAGAACAGGGAAAGGUCAAAAGCAGUCCCACCAAUCCCACUGUUACACAGGGCAGCUCAGACUCUGAGAACUAUUUAGCCAUACCUGGGCUAGGAUAUACAAAUGAAAUCAAACUGCUGAAUCACAAGCAGAUGCCUCCACAAGAAGUGACUUCUAAUGCCAGCCAAGUCCACACAGGUGAAAGCAAGAGACCUGACCAGGCUGAUCAGGCUUUGAAAAUGUCUCAGUUUGUCCUGGAGAAUCAGUCACUUGAGCAGCCAGCCUCCUCCAUCUACCAUUACCCGGCGGCAGCUACAGCUGCGCCACAAUCACGGGUGUUAUGCUUCUCUCCCAUCAUCCCCACUUUGUCACCCACCCCUUCUGUUGGAGAGGCGAUCCCACAAACCCAGCGGAAAAUGCUUUUGGACCCCACUACAGGACACUAUUACCUUGUGGACACACCAAUACAGGCUACCACCAAGCGGCUGUUUGACCCUGAGACAGGUCAGUAUGUGGAUGUACCCAUGCCCCAUUCACCUGUGGCUCCUGUGGCCCCUGUGGCCCCCAUCACCCCUGUGCCCAUGUCUGUGUCACCCCUGGCGCUGAGCCCAGGGGCAUAUGCACCCACCUAUAUGAUCUACCCAGGCUUCAUCCCCUCGCCCACUCUGCCUGCCCAGCCUGUGCCGCCUCAGACAGCAUGUCUUCCUGGGGCUCAGGAUGAAAAUGGGGAACAAGUAAAACACGGCAGACACUCUGGGCAGAAGACAGGUGCUGAGAGCCCGUAUUACAGUGCAACAGGAGAGGCUGCACAAGUGCCAGUGCAGCUACCUGUGACUUUGGGGCAUGUCACCACCAGGGGAAGUGCAGCGACCUCAGAAAGGAAGCCAGUUAUCAGCAUCACAACGCAACAAGGUCCAAGAAUCAUUGCCCCUCCCUCCUUUGAUGGAACAACAAUGAGCUUUGUAGUGGAGCACCGGUAACCACGAGGGCAUACACAUCUUUAGAUGUCUCCACUGGGAAAUCUUCAUUCACUGUAACGGCAGUUUUCACCACCAGCCCACCAGACCCACUCCACCUCAUCACAUCUGCGAUCGAACCCCUCAC